CCGUGGUCACGAAUCCAUUAUUAACCGUGAACGAGUCCUAUGAUGCUGAGCAGGUGACACGUAGGCAGCAUACAUUCGGAUAAAAGUAAGUCGACGUGAACAGCGAGCACGAGGAAAUACAGGAGAGCUCCCAUCGACUUCCACAAAACGGGCGCCCUGACUCGGAAUAUUACAUCGGGAAUUCAUAAAAAUGUAUGGGUACAAAGCCCACUAACAGUCAGGACUCUUACCCAAGCUCCUUCCUCUGAAGCAUUAACCAUGCGCCACCGUACGCUCCUGCCUCUCGCCGCUGCCGCGUUGGCAGCGGUGAUCAGCGCAGCUCCAUCCCCUGCCGCAUCCGUCAUCCCACUCUCAUUCUACAAGGGCCACGACCUCUCCUCGCUCAAGAUGCUCGAGGACACCGGGACAUACACCUUCGUCGACACCGCGCAGGACAACACCACGCGCGCGGCGGACGACAUCCUCGCCGAUGGCGGCAUGAACGCUGUGCGGAUGCGGCUCUGGGUCGACCCGACCGCGCAGGGCGCCGACACGUACGGGCUGAACUACACCAUCGCAUGGGCGCAGGCGAUGCAGGCCAAAGGCCGCCGUCUCUACCUCGACAUGUUCUUCGCGUCCGACUGGGCCGACCCGAGCAAGCAGCCCACGCCCGCCGCGUGGUCCACGACGGACCUCGGCGUCCUCGCGGCGUCGCUCCGCGCGUACGUCGGCAGCACGCUGCAGGCGUUCGCGGAAGCCGGCGUGGCGCUCGACAUCGUCGCGCUCGGGAACGAGAUCCGCAACGGGAUGCUCUGGCCGCUCGGCCAGGCGAGCGUCGACGUCGAGCCGUGGAGCGCGACGGUCGCCAACUUCUCCAGCCUCGCGGCGCUGUGGAAGUCGGCGCGCGCGGGCGUCGACGACGCGGUGGCCGCGGGCGCGACGAAGCCGCAGGUGCUGAUCCACAUCGACAACGGUUGGAACCAGACGAUCCAGGAGCGCUGGUUUGCGGCGAUGGUGGCCAACGGGGUGUCCACGAGCGAUUGGGACGUGCAUGGGUUCAGCUUUUACCCGUUUUACGGGACCGCGGCGACGUUCACAAAUCUGAACGCGUCCCUCAAUUACAUCGCAGACACGUAUGGGAAGCCGAUCCACGUCGUGGAGACGGACUACCCAGCCGUAUGUAAUGGGGAGUACGACCCAAUCCCUCCCAGCUCGGAGCCACAAAUCCCGUACAAUGUGUCGGGCCAGCUAGAGUGGGUCCAGGAUGUCGUGUCACUCGUGAAAAACGAGGUGCCAAAUGGGUUAGGGCAAGGAGUGUGGUAUUGGGAGCCGGCGUUUGAGAAUGACACAAGUUUGGGAAGCGAUUGUAAUGACGCGACGCUGUUUGCGCCAGUGUAUUCGGGAUCAGACACAACCAGUUACUCAAGAGCUAGUGUAGACAUGUUCCUAGAUGACUGAGAGUAGAAACCAGUUUGAUUAGGAG